GAGGAGGGAGUCAUGGCUCAAAAGAAGUGUUCAUUCGCCAUUUGAAUGCAAAUGUAGUGGUUGAACAAGAGGACUGUGUGUGUGUGCGUGUGUGUUUUGUGGGAGGAGGAGGAGGAGGGGGGGUCUAACGGUGAGUUUGAGAAAAGAAGACUUGUUGAGAGAAAUUGACACAUAUGACUGUAGUCUUCACACGUUGUUCUCUUUUACACCAAGAUGCCACCAACGGAGUUGAACAUUUGUGGCGGAAAAUUCACCCGCGCAUCGCUUCUAAUUCGGAUAAUUUAGUUAAGUACUUUUUUAGUGUGCACGGAGAAAAAAUGAAAGCAUUUUGUUGGCCCAUGUGCAGCUGAAGCAUGUCUCGUCGGAAACAGAAACGGCCCCAGCAGCUCAUGAGCCCGCUCCCUUCAGCCUCUCAGAUAUUAGAGCAUGGUGACCAGUUGGCAGUGAAGUUAUCCUCCUUUCCUCUGACCCCAGAUUCCUCUUCUUCAUCAUCUUCCUCCUCUCCUCAGAGUUACCAGCCACCCCUGGCUCCACAUCCCUACUUUUGGGGGCUUCACACCCGCUCUCUACCCAGUGAGGGCUCCCCCCUCUCCUGCUGCCCCUGCCAGCCCACUUCCUGCCCCAUCUCCUUCCCAGACCCCCAGUCCUCCCUCUCCCCUGACUUCCCCCACCCCUCCCUCUUCUCCCAGACAGGCCUGCACCUCCCCAACACCUCCACAUCGCCCUCCAGUCAGACCCACCCACCCCGCUCUAUCAUGGCCUCUCCCAAACUGGGCGUGUCAGCCACCACUACCACUUCCUCAUCCUCAUCCUCUUCCUCAGCCUCCCUCUGCCCUCCGCCCCACCCUGGUAGCCCCAGCCCUGUGCCAGAGGGCCCUCCCAGCCCUGUGACACCCUCCCCCAGCCCGGGUGCUGCCUCUGCAGCCCCGCCCCGUGCCCACCUGAGCAUUGCGGUGAUCCUGGAUGAGCUGCGAGUGCUGCAGCAGAGGCAGAUCCACCAGAUGCAGAUGACGGAGGAGAUCUGCAGGCAGGUGCUGCGGCUGGGCGGGGCCUCCUGUGGCCUGGAGGCGCCCCAGAUCCUCCUGCCUCCUUUUCCCCAGCUCUGUCUGGAAGGCAGUGAGAGGGCCUCCAGUCCUCCCCAGCCUACACCCAUCCAACCUCCCAGCUCUGUAGCUCCUCUCCUGGCCUGCUUCUCCUCCCUGCUCCCUCCCCAGCCUGCUUCCAAGCCCUCCAAGCCCAGCCACCCCUUGUCCCAUGUCCUGCGGCCACACAAGUCCCAGAUGGAGGGUGCAGGAGGGGCUACAGGGUCUUAUCUUUACCCUGGGACCAGUGUCCGCCCUUCCUCCUCGUCUUCUUCCUCCUCUGCCUCCUCGGCCAUCUCUACCAUGGCCUCGUCCAACUACCCCCUAGCCCUCUCCCUGGCCUUGCCUACCCGUUACCUCCAUGAGAAAUCCCCCAACACCACCUCAGCCAGCGGCCACGGUGGCCUGUCCUUCCUCACCCCACCCCUGCCCACCACUGCCUCUAUGGCACCCCCCUCCUUUCAGGAGCCCCACCUGUCUGUCUCCUCAUCAGGGUCCUCGUCCUCCUCCCUGGGGCGUCUCCAGCAUGCCUGUCGGUUCUGUGGGAAGCUAUUCAGCAGUGACUCAUCCUUGCAAAUCCACCUGCGCUCCCACACGGGCGAGAGACCCUACCAGUGCCCUGUCUGCCUCAGCCGCUUCACCACCCGCGGCAACCUCAAGGUGCAUUUCCUCCGCCACCGCGAGCAGAACCCAGAGCUCUCGCUCUCCCUUCUCCCCCCUUCCCUGUUUGGGCCCGGCAUGGGACCAGCGGGGGGGUCUGAGCCCCAGGGUCAGCCCAUGAGCAGCAUUGGACUGAGUAUCAGUGCAGCACAGGCUCAGAGACGUCGUAAACGGCGGGCUGAGGAUGACCCGUAUGGAGACGGUAUGGAGGUGGGAGGUGCCGGAGGGGGCUUCUCUCUGGGGGCAUCCACCAGUGCUCCCGCCACCUCUCUCCCCCUUCCCCCCAGUGUGGACCUGGCCCUCAUCUCCACCGCCCACUCUCUCCUGCGGCUCAACCAAGCUGCUGCUGCAGCCGCUGCUGCAUCCAUAUCCUCAGCUGCUUCCUCACUCACAUCCUCCUCUUCCUCCUCUGCGUCCUCCUCCCUCCUCUCUGUCCCAUCCUCGUCCACCUCUGCCAUCGCUGGGUUCUUCAAGGGGGCAAAGCAGCAACGCUUUGAUGAGAACACGCCCCCUCACCCUCCCAUGAUGUCGCACUCUGCUUACUCCCAGUUGGCCCACCUCCCUAAACUCCUCUUCCCCUCUGGCUCCCCCCACCAACACCCUGCCCUGGGCCUGCUCCGCCCUCCACCCCCUGCCCAAGGCUCGUCCCACCUCUCCUCCACCCACUCUCAGCUCUCCUUCCCCUUCUCCCACUACCCCAAAGCCCAAGCCUCCACCUCCUCCCCCUCCGCCUCUACCCCCACCUCAGACACCUCCAAGCUGCAGCGGCUGGUGGAGAAGCUGGAGAAGGAGCCUCCCACCUCCUCUCCCUGGGCCUCCUCCUCAGGGGAGACCUCCCACAGCAGCAUGGCCUCUACUGGGUUGUUCAGCAGCGGCCUCAUGGGCGCCAGCACCUCCAGCACUUAUGUGAUGGCAACCCCACCGUCCUCCACCCAUGCCCCCACCUCUGUCUCCAACUUCACCAGGGAGAUGGUGGCCGCUCUGGGCAUGAGUGCAAAUGGGGGCAGCGCCUUGGCAGGAGCCAUGCUCCCAGGCCUUGGCAUCAUGAGCACUGGCUCCUUGGCCGCCAACCAGUGUGGGGUGUGUCUGCGUGUGCUGAGCUGCCCCAGGGCACUGCGUCUGCACCAGGCCACCCACCUGGGCGAGCGCCCCUUCCCCUGUAAACUGUGUGGACGCUCCUUCUCCACCAAGGGCAGCCUGCGGUCCCACCUGGCAACACACCGUGCCCGCCCGCCGAACUCUCGUGCCCAGAACUCUUGCCCGCUGUGCCAGCGCAAGUUCACAAAUGCCCUGGUGCUGCAGCACCACAUUCGCAUGCACCUGGGAGGGCAGCUGCCACCGGAGGGCGGUGCAGAGUCUCUGUCAGAGGCCUCAGCAGAGUCUGACACUAUCUCUGAGCUCCAGACCCAUUCCCUGGCACUGUCUCAGUCCCAGCCACAGUCCAAUGACACCCCCAAGGUCUCCACUGAGAGCUCCACUGCAGCCUCAGGCAGCCAGUCAAAGAGCUCAGCAGCAUCCACACACUUUCAAACCCUAGUGGGAGGCUCUGCCCCCGUAUCGGUCAGUGUGACAUCACCAAAGUGUGUCUGGGAGCCUAACAGAUCUCACUCCUCCAGCCCUGACCUGAUCCCUCCCUCUGACCUCACCCCUGACCACUUCCUAAACUCCACCUCACACACCCCUCUGCCCGGCAGCGCAGACCCCCCAGUCCUGUUUGUCAGUGUGCCUUCCCCACCCCCUCCUCUAAGAGAUACAGGCUCCCCAGUCAACGAUGACAACCAUGCUGAACACCUUGAUUCAACCAUUAGUACCAUUGGCCCUGCUCCCACUUCCUCCAGUGUUACCAAAACCACCCCCUUGUCCAGUCUAAUGGUGUCAGACUGUCUUUUGGGUCAGCAUGCCCUUCCUCUCAAUGUCUUCCUCCCCGGCCCUAGAUCAAACCUGGAGGAUCUACUGAGCACACCAACCCUCUGUGCCCCGGUAGCACACCCAAGCCCAGCCCCCUCCUUUACCCCUGUCCUUAGCCCAGAGCACCCCAAACCCCACCCAGCACCCAAACCAGACUUAGAGCACCCCCCUAAACUCCAAACCCCCAAGCCCACAGAGGAAUACAGGGUUGAAACCCCCCCACCUGCUGCACCAAAGCAUGACCAAGCUCUUGUAUCUGAUACGGACCCGAGAAUGGCACCACCAUCAGAGAGCACAGACACAAGCGAUGCUGAGGCUAGGGAAGUUCCUCAGAAAGAUGUACCCUACACCAGGACGAGUCAGGGGGCGUACCUCAGCUCCCAUGGGAAGGAGGAUGGGAUGAGUGGUGUCAGUGACCAACUGGAAAGCACUUUUCCCAUCAGUUUGGCUACCACUCUCCCCCCUCCCCUGUCUCGCCCUGAGAAGAAGACCUACAGCUGUGGCGAGUGUGGGAAAGAGUAUGCCAGCCGCAGUGGACUGAAGGGACACAUGAAGCAUCAUGGAGGGGUUGUCAAGGCACCACGUCCCCCUGUACGGAGCGGUCGCUCGGCCUCUGAGCGACUUCCUGCAAACACACCGACAACGUCCUCCAACCCCCCGGCCACCAGAAGCAAUGUGGGCUUCUGGAACCAGUACCAAGCCUUCCUCAACACCAGCAACGACUCGGCAGACGACCCGGCACAAGGCCCGGCCAGUGGUAGCCAAGGAGAGGAUGGGGAGAUGCCCCGAUUGGCUAAAUCUCCCGUUAGAUCCCAGCUGUCGAAAGAACCAACCACUGGAAGGGGUUCAGAAGAUGGGUCUGACGAAGGGUCUACUCUAGAGUCAAAGUAAUUGGUGCUAUCAAUGGACAUUCACUGUACCUUUGAGUCAAACCGUAGGGACUUUUGUAUUGUAUUGCUUCCAAAUUCAGUUGAGUAGUCUGUCGGGUUUGUUGUCUGUGAGUAAGUUUCUUAGUUCAUUUGUGAUAACUGUAAGUUGGCCAUCCUGGCCUUUUCUUUUAAAAGAGGAGAAAGUUGAAGGAUGCAAAAAACAUGACAUAACUACAGGAUUGAGGAGGUCAGAAGUCACUGUUAAGACAAUAAGAGUUGGAGCUGGGCUCUAAAAUGAGAGCUUGUUAGGCAAAGAGCUCUACUCUAGAUUUAGGGCUAAUUUUCCUGAACAGUCUGACUCACUGUUUAUGUGAUAGAUAUCAACUCAUAUAAAGACAUGUAUUGGAAAAGGAGGCAAGAUAGAGAGGAUGUGAUAUUGUUCUCACAUAAACAAUUCCUUCAUUCAAACAUAAAAGGGAAAAGGAGGUGAAACAGAAUGGUAAGGGUCACUAAACUAAACUUGACAUGGUAGCUUCAACCCUGGCAGUCUAUGGAGAUGCAGUCUCUCAUCCUACUACUGUAUAAAACCUCAUCUUUCAUGUCAUCUGGGUUUACUUUUGAACUUGUGAAUACUCCAGACUCUUCCUCCAGCUGAUUUACAGAGAAGCACAGAGGAGUGGGUGUUGUGGUGUGCCAGGUGGAGAAAGAAAUGGACAGACAGUUUCCUGUGUGACCCAUUUUCCUUUGGAUCUUUUGAAUAAGCUGAUUGUCGUUUGGUCUCACAGUGAUGUCCGUUCUCUGUAACUCGUUGUCUUUGGUUCAUGUUGUAUCUUUAUAACAAAAAAACAAAAAAAUCAGAGGUCCAU